AUGACAGACGGUCGCGCGCGCAUCACCUAUGGCGACCUCGACGAGACGAUCGACGUCCGCGGCAGGCUCUUCGAAGGCCUUAAGUUCUGGAUCGCUCAAAGAUGCCCGCUGCGGAACACGUUCGUCGAUAUGGUCAAGAACAAUGGCGGUGUAGUAGUACCGCUUGAGAAACUCGCCGACUACCUCAUCGUAGACCAUGCGCGUAAGGAUACACCGCCGGGAGGCAUCUCGUACCGCUUCAUUGAGCAAUCCAUCAAGGAAGGCAGGCUGGAAGACCCCGAAACACAUCUUGUGGGACAGCCAGUAGGCACCGUUCGCGCUGUCGGCUCAGUGCAGCCGAAGAAGGGCGGGAGGACCCCGUACACCCAGGCGGACGAUCUGGAGCUGUACAGGUGGGUCAAGGGGUGUGAACGGCAGGGCUGUAGUGUUCUUGGCAAUGAGAUAUACAAGCAGCUCGAGGAAAAAAACCCGCGGCACCCGUGGCAAUCCUGGCGUGAUCGGUUCGUCAAGUAUCUUCAACACAGGGCGCCGGUUGGUUAUUCUCCUCAGGAUGAUGAUGCAGCUUCCGACGAGGCAGUGCCUACACAGAGGCGCCUUCGUGAAGUAAAUGAGCGCACCAAUACUCGUAUACCAAAUGGAAGAUCAGAUGCGGCCAAUCCGACUCGGUCACGUGUUCAACCGAGGGAAGAAGGUGAUAUGGAGCAUCAAGUCGGACGACCACGCAGACCUGCUCCUCAUGGCAGAGCUGCUCCACCUCAAUUUACGGCAGUGGACUUCCAUGAGAUUUUGAAGGGUGCCCGGGAGAUCCAGGACACUUCAUUUGAACAUUACGAAGCCGCGUGGGAUGCCUGGGCGGGAGCAUCAAGACCCGGAAUCACCGCAUCGCAGUGGCGCGCGUUCUACGAGAAGAAGGUCCUACCUGUGUACAAGGUGGUAAGGGGCAACACCCGACGUAUUCGGCUCUACAAUGAGUCGGCCACGGCCUGGACAAAGUUGUUUCCAGACGGCACCGCAGAUGAGUGGUUGGAUUACUAUUACAAAAGGGUUCUACCCCGGCUUGAAGGGCUAAAGGACUCUGGCAAGACGCCGAUCGAAGACAAUGUUGGCAGCCAAAGUCCUGAGAGACCUGGCGCCAUCGACCGGUCGCCUUCAAUAAGUCCGCCAACGGAAGCUGUGCCAAGGAGAGCGCCACCAAAAGAAGCUCCGCUAAAAGAGGCUCUGCCGAGAGAGGCUCCGCCUAGUGAAGCUCCGUCGACUCAAACUCUCCUACAAGAAUCUCCGCCAAUAGUGACUCCGCCAACAGUGACUCCGCCAGAAAAGACUCCCCUAAAGGAAGCUCUGCCAAAAGAAACUCGGUUCACAAAAGACCUGCCUGAAAAACCUUCGCCAAAGGAAAAUCUGCCAAAAGUAGCCCCACCAAAGAUAUCUUCUCGAAGAGGAACACUGCCAGCGGAAGCUCCGCCGAAAAGUGACCCGGCACAACCGAUCCCGUCAAAACAAACCCUGCCAAGCGGAGCUCCGCAAAGGGAGCUAGAGCCUCCUGCCCCAGUCCGAAUGAAUGGUACUCAUCGGCGCAUGAGUCCUUCUGUCGUUAUACCUCUGCGGUCAAACCCUCAUAUCAAACCACAGCAAUCACCUCUUUUCGUAUCUGAUGACGUGUCAGCAGCUGAAGAGUCUGACACAGGCAAACCGCGACCGAUGGCUAGGGCUCAUGAGUUCUUCGCAGUACAAUACGAAGAACGCACCAAGGAAGCGCACCCAGGUGCCGACCGUGUUACUCUUUCAAAGAUCCUGCUUGAGCAGUACAAGACUCUUCCAGCGGAGCACAAAGCUGCCUACAUGUCCAUGGAAGCACAGGAUACGGUACGGUGGGAGAGGGAAGUCGCUGCACACCGAGCAUCGAAAAAACGAGUACGCGAAAGCAGCGAGAUCGCAGAGUCUCCGGCCAUGCCAAGAGUGACGCCUAACGGCAAGCGGCGCCGCCUUAGCAAAGAGGACUUGGCCCAGCUGGACGGCCAUAUAAGCGACCAAGUCACGCCGAACAAGACCACCGCGCGGCAGGCCAUAGAGCUGUCCGAAGACGGGGAAGAUAAGGAAGGAUAUAGCUCGGAUGAUACUCAGAUACCAGAAACUCUUGAGCCGGUGUUCACAGAGCAAGCACAGCUUUCCAUCGAAGAUGACGAGACGUUGCCUGAGGGCUUCCCACCGGCGGGAGUCUACACGCAUGAUGAAGAUGAGGUGGAGCGGCUAGUUGCCAUGAACGACACCGACGAGAUUGUCGAAGACACAGAGGCCGCGCCCAACGUGUACAGCUCUGAUGUCGAGGGUGACCAGAGGGCGAUGCCCAUGGAGACGAUAAAUGAGUGGCUAGUAGAGGAUGAAGCUGCAUUACGCGAAAGGCGGGUUGAAGUACUGAAGGAACGCCUACCUAUUGGGACGAUCAACCAGAUGGGACAGCAGACAGGAGAGGCAGACGAUGAAACCGACGAGGACGAAGAAGAAGAGGGAGAGGCCCUGGGCCGUCCUGCCUCCCCCACGCUCUCCCUCCUCGCCGAACCGACUAGACCUCGCGAGAAGCGCGAACACAAAAUUUACCUUCCUUCACCGCUACCUCUCACCUCCUCGCCACCACCAGGACCCCAAAGCACCACCCACUCACCUGCCGCUCGCCGACAUAAGGCCCAUCAACCCCCAUCCUCCCCUCCAGACCCAACGCCCCUAAAUUCAAAUCCGCCAACCACAGGACACCUUCGACCACCAGCCCGCUCACGCCUCCACCACAACCGCGGCCCCUCAUCCCCCCCAGACCCAACCCCUUUCGACGCGCCUCAAACACAAUCAGCCCCAUCUAGCGCUCGCCCACAAAGUCCACCUACCAAGCCGCUAGAAGGCCCAGCCGUAACCGCGCACAUCGACGCACUCGUCUCCGCCGGCCACGACGAGGAGCAGGUCCUCGCGUCUCUCUACCACGGCAGUACGAAUCCACGGCUCGCGGCUGUUGUGCUGGCCUCUAUAGAAGCGGGAGAGGGGGUGCCGGACGACGUGCCAGGUGUUUGGACCGAUGAAGAUGAUGCGGCUGUGGGUGAGGUGGUUGUUGCGGCUGGGCCGAGUGGAGGCGGGGGCGGCCUCAGUGAAGUGGCGUGGAGGCUGGUGGAGAAGCAUGGGCAACGGCGGUGUUGGGAGAGGGUGGGGUUUUUGAAGCAUUGGAAAGGCGAGGUAGAAAGCCAGGCGGAGGGUCAGAGGUGA